UCCUCCUUUGCUUCUUUAUCCCAUAGACCAAAUUUUCGCGCCGCUAGUUUACGGCCAUUUUAAUACCUACCUUACCGACAAGUGGAAAAGGAUUCCAUCCAUCCGUAUUCGACCCGACGACACCUUACAGUCGUCCCCGUUUACCUGGGAGCAGCCUCCAGCUUGCCGUCACUCCCACCGCAAACCAUCACCCCAUCUUCCAGUCACCACAAUGGCGCCGCAAGAUAGCUUCGUCGACGAUGAAGAAGAGACCUGCCCUCUCUGUAUCGAGGAGUUUGAUCUCUCUGAUCGUAACUUUAGACCAUGCCCCUGCGGAUACCAGUUCUGUUUCAACAAUAUCCGAAAUAAUAUGAAUGGCCUGUGUCCGGCAUGCAGAAGACCAUACGACGACAAGACCAUUCAAUGGAAGGUAGUCACUCAGGAAGAGGUUGCCGAGUUCCGAGCGAAUAUUCAAAAGAACCAAAAGCGACGUGCCGCCGAGCAACGCCAAAAGGAAGCCCAAAAACGCGAAGCCGAAAAGGAGAAUCGGAAGAACUUGGUCGGCGUCCGGGUCGUUCAGAAGAAUCUGGUCUACGUAACUGGGUUGACGCCUACGGUACGCGAGGACGAGUUGCUCAAGACACUCCGGCGUCCCGAAUUUUUCGGACAAUACGGCAAUAUCCAAAAAAUAUCCAUCAGCAAUCGGAAGAGCCAAGACGGGCAGAAUCAGUCCCUCGGGAUUUACGUCACUUUCGAGAAGAAGGAGGAUGCUGCCAGGUGCAUUCAAGCAGUCAAUGGCUCCCAAAACGGCGACAGGGUCCUAAGAGCUCAACUGGGUACCACCAAGUAUUGUUCAGCUUGGCUCCGUCACGAGGUGUGCACGAACAGGCAGUGUAUGUUUCUGCACGAGCUCGGCGACGAGGAGGACAGCUAUUCUCGCCAAGACCUGUCUUCGAUCAAUAGCAUUAGCAGCCAACGACCCCUCCCGGUUGCCGGUGCUUCUAGGUCGGCAUCCCGCCAAACGGGUCACCCCUCUCCCGCGCCCUCGAAUGCUCAACCGAUGAUCCGGAGUUCUAGCAAGGAGGAAUCCGAAAACGGCGAUGGCCCCGCGCUGCCCUCUUCAGCUACCUGGGCGCGAAACCCUCAGGUCCGUAGCCGACGUGGAAGCCAUGCCACUAGCGGCGCCGCCCCCAGUCCUGCAAUCUCGAACAUUCUUCCAGUCACUUCUGAAUCCAACCGAGAAGCCGUCGAAGAUUUCCCUCCGAUCGAGAGCACGGUGCAUCAUCCUCCUCCUCCUCAGAAGACCAAAACCGAAAAGUCGCCCAAAUCGGCACCAAAGCCUGCGCCAAAGCCCGCUCCUCCUGUUGAAGAAGCUUCACCAGCUCCGGCUCCUGCACCGGCGCCGGCACCGGCCCCCGUCACUGCUCCAGUUGCAGCACCUGCUCCACCCAAGGUUGAGACCUCCGCCAAGUCCACUCUCAAGAAGGCUAAGAGCGCUUCACAGGACACGCUUACGAAGCUUCUCAAAUCACUCAACGGAUGCUCUCUCGCCUGGCCCAAGCUUGGAGAUGACUCCACAGAGUCUGCCUACCCACCUUUGUUUGAUGUGAGGGGUGGCGAAAAGCGGAGGGCUUUGCGCGACGAUGUCACCACCGGCGUUGCAGAGUCGCAUGAGGGUUCCGCGGCACCUACCGAACCAGCCGAGGCCGAGCCUGAGAGCAGUGGCAGCCUUGCUUUGGGAGGUGAGCCUGAGGACCGGGAUUCUGGACGUGACUUCAAUUUGCGGGGAGGUGCGCAGCCGCCCAUUCAACGCGCUAACAACGACGGACUGUUUGGGUCGGCGAUCGGGUCUGGCUUCAGCCAGGGUUCGACCAACCUUGCCUCUAUUGGCAGUCGUACCAUGACACCGCAGCAGCCUGCUUUCAUGCGUCCGCAGGCCAUAGGCUACGAUCACCUUCCUCCCGGAAUCACUUCUCAGGCGAGCCUUUUCCAGGGUCAGGGACAUAACCGCCAGGGCUCUCGAUUUAGCUUCGCGAACGAGGGGCAAACCACGUCUGCCACUUCGGUCAAGCUUGCGGCAAACCCCAGGGUCAUGGCUCAGCAGGCCUCCAUGAUGCCUUCGUCCUUCCACAGUCAACCCAACACGCAGUUCUAUGCCAGCUCCAUGCCCGGCCCUCCGCCCGGGCUCAAGUCUACGAGCACCCCUCCGAGCAUGUUUGGGCAACACGGUUUCGGCUCUGCUUUCGGUAACGCCACGAAAGAUACACACGAGAUUCUUCAGCUCCUCAACCGCAGCCGAGGUGCCGGUAGCCAGGUUCAUGAUGCGGGAAAGCUAGAUCUUGCGGACCCGAGUAUCUUGCAGGCGAGAAUGCAGUCUCAGCAGCAUAUGCAGCAACAGAGCAAUGCCGGUCUCGGACAGGUGUUUGGUGGUCAGUCGCAAGUUCAGUUGGCGCAAAGGUCAAAAAUAGAGCAUUUUUACCGCUGCUAUGAUGAUCUUCCCUCGUUCGAAGAAGUCACGACAAGCGUAGACGCUCUGGUUUCUGACGAACCCAUCACGACGAUACGUCAACCGCCUGGAGCCUUCGAUAACUUCGGCCGCACCGGGACUCCUAUUGUUGCCCCUCCUCCGGGACUGGGUAUGCCAAUCAACCAUCCUUCCCCUGCGAUUUCUCACGCAUCUUUGAGAGCCGGAACGCAGACACCGCCGGUCGCCGUACCUGUUGUUCCUCCCAAGGUAACCACAGCAGCGGCGUCUACCGCAGCGUCUACGGCACCGCCUACGAGUACACCCGUAACCGCAACGGCAUCUAGUGUGGCAGUUUCCACCGCAGCGUCAACCACGUCAACGCCUACAACAGCUCCCAGCCCACUUAUCAGCAAGAACCGGAAGAAUAGCGUGGAAAAGGGCAUGCGAUACUGUCCCUUUUGCGCCUUGGAUUUGCCUGUUGCCAAGGAUGGCAAGACUAUCGACGUUUUGGAAGCGGAGAGACACAUGGAUUCGUGUGAAAACGAUAAGAAGCUCCGUCUCGCAGCUCUCGCGCCUGGGGCCAAGAAGAACUCCAAGGAGAACAUCCAAGCUCUUGCUGCGGAGAGUGGGCUAUCGAGGGAUAUUGCAACGGUUAAGGCAAAGGCACCGAAGGUUCUGGCAGACGAGGACUUCCCUGCUCUUAACAGUCCCAAGGCCCAGGCGGCUGCCACGACACCUGCCGUUUCGACUAAGACUACGGCAACCAAGUCUAAGGCAGCCAAGAAGGCUGAAAAGGCUGCGGAAAAGGAGAAGCCUGCUCCUGUGCUGGUUAUACCAGCGGUAGCGCCCACUCCACCUGAACCAGAGCCCCGCCCUGUAGACAAAAAGCCUGCCCCAGUUCUCAACAUCGCUGCAGCUACCCAGGUUGCCCAGGUCAAGACUGCUGAGAGUUCAUCAACAACGACGGAGAAAUCUGCCCAUGAUCGAGACUCAGCUUUCCCUGCCCUGCCUACGCCAACGACUGCUUCAGUGGCUUCGCCGCUCGCUCGGACAGCAAAGACACUUAGACUUGUCUCAACUCCGAAGGCUGAGACGCCCUCCACACCCGCCAAUGCGGGUGUGACGAGCGUUUUGGGCUCCGCGGCCCGUUCUAUAGCUUCUAUUUCUGUUAGACCCGAGACUCCUGCUAGUGAGAUGAUUUCGGAUAGUGCGUCCAUUGUUUCAGCCUCGGUCUCGGCAUCUCGCACCAGCUCACCGCCGCCGUCCAAGAUCGGCUCUGCCCCUGUCAGAGCAACCACCAAGAGUCAGCAAAGGAAAGCAAGGAAGGAGCAGCUCAAGAAGGAAACAGCAGCUGUGGCAGCACAGCCUGUCAAGUCUGAUCCGAGUGAGGAGAUCGGGCCCAUCAUUGGCCGCAAGAAGAAGCAGAAGAAGGAGAAGGAGAAGGAAAAGCCAAGCACCACCAACAUAAACGUAACACCCACUGUCAGUAGACCGGAAACACCUGCACAAAAGGAAAAGGAGACGCCGCCCCCGCCACCCACGAAGGAGGUGAAGGAGGUCAAGGAGGAGUCUUCAACCUACCGAUCGACGGCUAAUGAAACGACGACAUUGACGGAUGACGCCUCUCCGAUUAAGACCAGGGGAGCAAAGGAGACUCCAAAGUCAGAUGCGGUCUCAACCCCUCGAACUUUGCCGACACCUGGCACGAUCUUCCAAGAUUUGCAAAAGUCGGGGCUUGUUCCCGAGAAGAUCGAUGACCUGCCUCUUUUCAAGCCAACAAGCACUGGGUUUGAGAAGUCGAGAAAUGAUCAUAGCAACGCUGCUGCCAGGGAGAACGCGGCUCGGAACGCCAUGACGCCUACGAAGUCGAUUGUGACUGACGAGGAUCAGGCAGCUCUACUCGCGGGUCACCCCGUUCGUAAAAUGAUUGACGGCGUCCGCAUUCUCCUUACUCCCAACGGUGACUGCAUUCGCAACCUGACCGAAGAAGAGGAGGAUCGGUUCUUGGAGCUUCAGGCUCGCAUCGCCGAGACCGCUUCAAGCCCUGCCGCGUUUGUUUCCUCUCGCCACGAAGCCGGUGGUGGAUUCAGUCUGAUCAAAGGGCGUGCUGUGCCCAAUGGGCCACCGGGCUACUUUCCCCAGGCUCCGGGCCAAUAUCCGACGGAUCCUGUGAACAAGAUCCAGCGGGAGGAAGCGAUCUACUAUAUCAACCAGUACGUCCUGCCGCGGUUGAACCUGAACGCCAGAGACAUGAGCUUCCCCAAGGCCAUGUCCAACUGGCACCCGGAUCAGCGUGGCGGGAACCCGGCCGCCGCCGGCCUGAGCUCGCUUGCUCCAUGGAUGUACGGCGCUGGCUCUCCUGCGUCGCCGCACGAUAACGACGCUGUGGCACCAGAGAUCAGCUAUCCCGCCCCCGUCAGCGCGUUUGCCGACGCGCAUGGAUCCUACCUGGACAUGCCCCCUUCACCGUCGCCAUCUGCUCUAGACGAUCCUAUGGGUCACAAGGGUGGUGCGGGCCUCAACAUUGGCGGUGCUCCCGGCCCGUUCGGCAACGUACCGCUGAUGAGUCUCGAAGACGCCGAGUCAGCUUUGUCGGCUGCCCGUAAGGAAGGGGACAAGAUCGAGAAGCACUUUAACCAGACCGUCAGGAAGAAUAAGAGACUUCUGAUGGCCAUGGGUAAUCCCGUCUCAGUAGGUGGUAGCGGUGGCGCUCAUGCUGCUGCUGCUACUGCUGCUGGUGGAGGCGGCGGCGCGCAUUGACUAGGCUUCGAUAGAGUCUUUUUCGGUUCAUCGCCAUCAUCUUCGUUCUCGUCAUCUCUUUUUUCUCCUUCACACAGCAACCAUGACCAUCACCGAAGGGUCACUUCUUCUUCCGUGACUUCGGCAACGACCGUCUCCACCACAGCA